GUAAUUUAAGACAUGUUUUAAUUUUCUAGCUCUAAAGAAGGCUCUUAUCUACAAGAAUUAGGACCUACCUUCCUUCACUAAUCAGUUUUCUUUUAUUUAGGAAUCCUGAAUUCACCUCUGGGGUAGAUUUCAGUUAUAUAUGAUGGGGUUGAUUCGCGAUCGAAGAUCUCAUCACGGUCAAGUGGGUGCAUUCCAUAAACAUAACCCUGAACUGGCAAAGCAUGAUACUUGCACACGAUGGCAAAAGCGAAGAUCUACCCUACUCACAAGCAAAGGUAGAGGAAACUCAUUUCCAUUUUUUCUUGGUUGGUUGAUUGCUGUAGCUAUGGUGAUCCGUUUCAUUAUUAUGGUGACAGUAUUGUCUGCCAUAUUCGUAAAUCCAUUCAAUCAAGAAGUUUCAAUUUCUUUGGAAGGAAGUUACUGUGGUCCAUGUCCUAAAAACUGGAUGUGUUAUAGAAAUAACUGCUACCAGUUUUUUAAUGAGAACAAAAACUGGUACCAGAGUCAAGCUUCUUGUAUGUCUCAAAAUGCUAGCCUUCUGAAGAUAUAUAGCAGAGUGGACCAGGAUUUCUUUAAAUUGGUGAAGUCAUAUCAUUGGAUAGGACUAGCAAAAAUUCCAACAAAUGGAUCCUGGCAGUGGGAAGAUGGCUCCAUUCUCUCGCCCAACCAAUUAACAAUGAUUGAAAUGCAAAAUGGGACCUGUGCAGUCUAUGGCUCAAGUUUCAAAGCCUAUGCAGAAAAUUGUUCAGCUUCAAAUACAUACAUUUGCAUGCAGAGGAUUUUGUAGGAGUUUAUCAACCACAUCUAUAAAAAACAAAAGUGGAGAAGGAAUUAUCACAGCAGAAAUACUGCCACCUGGAACCAAAGGACACAGAACAACAACAAAACAAAACAGAUCAAAAUUAAAGACUAUCAGACUUCUUAGUCCCUGUAGGACCAUACCAUACAACUGUUUGGACUAGAACACACAAUAUUUUCCAAGACAAAGGAAGAAGGACUCUAAAGGCAAUUCAGAGAUCAUCAAGGAUAUCAUUCCCCCUGAAGACCCAAGGUUUGCAGCCUGAGGGAAGGGAGCAGCCUUGAUUUUAAAGGAUAGGAUCACCACCUAAAGGAGUAAUAAGGAAGGGGCAGCCCUGCGGAGCCAUGGGGGGGUUGUACCCUCCCUUCACAGAAACUGCUAAAUGGGCAGAGACACAGAAGAAAGCCAUAGUGUGGGCAGUUAGGCUGAAAAGACUACCCAACUGUAGGGGUGUUGUUGCUACCACAAUUGUUCCAUUAGAUGAAACUGCCACCCUAGUGGGCCUGAAACCAAAGAGUAAGAUUAUUCUCAAGCCGUAAGAUCUCAUAGGGUUUUAUUUGCUGCAUUUUGGACUUCCUUGGGACUCGUCAUCCUUCCUUCUUCCCUAUUUCUCCUGUUCAGAAUGAUAAUGUCUAUUCUAUGCCUGUGCCACCAUCAUAUUUUGGAUGCACAUAACUUGUCUAUUUCAUAUGUUCACAACUGGAAAGGUAUUUGUUUCAGAAUAAAUAGUAUAUUAA